UUUUUUUUUUUUUUUUUUUUUUUUACUACUACAGAGAUGGCUGCGAAAGUGUGCAGAUCGGUCCUCCUGUUGUCCCGGAGCAGCGGAGCGGCGGCCGGCAGCCUCCCUGUACUUGUCUCGCCUUCACAGCGGCACCAGCGGCAUAUAAGAGCGGAGGUGCUGCCUGCUAUUUUCACCCGUCACACUGUCAGGAGAGCUCAUGGCCUUCGGUCAGCAGCCCACCCCACGCUCUUCACCCAGACUCCCACUGCCCUGUCUCCACGGGUCUGGAAGGGCGCCCCCUCAUGGCAUGGCCAGAGACUGUUUUGCUCCUCCACUACCCCAGGCGACGUGACAGUGGUGUACCAGAACGGUCUACCUGUGAUAUCGGUUAAUUUGCCGUCCAGACGAGAGCGCUGUCAGUUCACCCUAAAGCCUCUCAGCGACUGCGUGGGAGUUUUCCUGCAGCAGCUCCAGGCGGAGGACCGAGGCAUCGACCGUGUAGCCAUCUACUCCAUGGAUGGAGCAAGGAUCGCCUCCUCUACAGGCAUAGACAUCCUUCUGCUGGAUGAUUUUAAGCUCCUCAUCAAUGACACCACGCAUAUCGUGCGACCACCAAGGAGAGAGAUCCUGCCCCACGAGGAAGCUGAGAGGCUAAAUGACGUCAAAUUUCUGGUGCAGCAGCUCUACACCACUCUGCGCAUCGAGGAGCACCAGCUUAGUAAAGAGCGGGAGCUGAUUGGACGACUGGAGGACCUCAACUCUCAGCUCCGCCCCCUAGAGAAGGUUCAGUAGAAGCUUUUUGACAGUCAGUGUCGGUGACCCACUAAAUGCUGCGAGUUAUAGGAAUGCCAGUUGAUAUAUUAAUUUGUGGAGAUGAGUGAGCUGGGUUAAGCUGGGUUUGUUGUUGUUCUGUUAUC